UCACUUGGCCUUUCCAUUUUGGGAGGGAGACCAUCUGCCGCAACAGCAAGUGCACCCUUGUCUAUAAGCUGCUCUGCAGUCCCUCCAUUUAGCACAGCAGAAGUCGUAUCCACUCCACUGUUGGAAACAGAGGUCCCUUUCAACAAAGCCAACAGGUUUUCAGCCCAUCUGUCCCAGUCUACUUUCUCUGCGCUCCAAUCAGAGGUACUAUGCAGUACUCCAUCAACUGCAGGAGGAGACACAGGACAGAGUGGCUCAGCAGACAUAUCACAUCUAUCACUUUUGUUCAAACAAAACUGUGGCACUAAAUUUUUAACCUCAACAGGUUGCAAUACCACACCCUCACCACCAUACUCUGAUGGCACUUCAUUCAACUCAGGAACACUUCCAUACAUAUUUACUGACAGCCUCAGUUAACCCAUUAUCACCAUCAUACAUUUUAACCCAUUAUCAUCAUGAGCGUUUAACUUAUCACUAGAUUCAAGUACUCUCUUGUCCAAAGCAGCACCAUAGUUGUCCCAGGCAACCUC